AUGGCACAUGCGGUGAACCAAAUACCACAAUUAGAAAGUGGAAAUUUCACUAAUUGGCUCUUUCGAAUAGAGAUUGCCAUGGAUGAAAAGGGGUGUGUGGAUGCAAUACGUAAGAAAACGGAUUUGAAAGAUGCAGAUUUAAAGAAAUCGGACGCCAAGGCUCACAACAUCAUCGUACAAGCACUUUCAGACAAACAUUUGGAAUAUGUAAAAGAAUCUAGAACAGUAUAUGAAAUGAUUGAAAACUUGAGAAAUGUUUUUGAACGAAAAACAACAAUUUCGAAUCUUUAUUCAAGGAGGAGCCUAAUAAAUUUAAAAUGUAAAAGGCAUGAUAGUGUUGAGGAACACUUUAACAAAUUUGACAAAAUAAUUAGAGAGAUAGAGUCGAACGGCACAAAAAUGACAGAGAAAGAUAAAGUAUGCCCGUUAUUAAUUAGUAUGCAAGGAGCAUACCCAUCUAUAGUGACUGCUCUAGAAACUUCAAACAUGGAACUUAAAAUAGAUUUUGUAAAAAGAGAAGAAAACGAUAGUGAAAAAGCUAUAUCAUUCAUUGCUUCUCAAGCUUAUACAGCAGCUACAUAUCAAAAUGAGAUAGAAUUUGUAAUAGAUUCGGGAGCAUCGAACCAUAUGAUUAGUAUAGAAUAUGAGAAAUAUAUGACUGAUAUACAAGAGAUACAAGAAAUUAAAGUUUUAGUUGCAAAUGGAAAUAUGUUAUCAGCUAAAAGGAAAGAGAAGACAGAAAAUAAUUUAUGGCAUAGGAGAAUGGGACACUUAAAUUAUCAAGGUAUGAAGAUACUAGGAUUACCGUUAUCUAAAGAACGAUGCACAAUAUGUAUGGAAGCUAAAGGAACCCGUUGUUCAUUCAGUCCAACCCCAAUUCCAAGAACAAAGAAAAUUGGAGAGUUGAUUUACUGUGAUAUUGGUGGCCCGAUAACACCAAUAAGUAAAGAUGGAGAAAAGUACUAUCUUACAAUAAUAGAUGAUUAUUCACAUUUUAUGGAGGUUAACCAAAUUGGAACCAAGAGCGAAGCCUAUGAUUAUGAUUGGAUAUUGCGGCUCAGGUUACAGACUAUGGAAUCCAAAACAAAUGAAAUAAUCGAGUCCAGAGAUGUACGAUUUGAUGAGUCAAACUACAGAUAUGAAGAAAAUGAAAGAAUCUCGUAUAUAGAUUAUGAUGAAAACGGAGAGAGCAAGACUUUAACAUCCAAAGAACCCCCUUCUACUUCUAAAGAACCAGAAAUAGAACCAUCCAGAAGCAGUAAAGGACAUGAAAGCUCAGAUGAUGAGGAAAACUGCAAUAAAAAA